AUGAAGUUCGGUAAAACCAUUCAAUCCCAGCAAGUGCCAGGAUGGGGAGAGUAUUACCUGAAUUACAAAGCCCUCAAGAAGAUCAUCAACUCCUAUGCAGCCGGUAGACCAGCAUCCGAUGCAUCGCUACUCUCCUUAGGUCUUCGGCCCGCCAAGAAAUCACCCGGCAGUGGUAGUAACAAAUCUGAUCCAGAUGCAGGGUCACUCUCACCUCCCCAUCUCCAGCAACAUGACACUUCCAUCACUCCCUCAUCGAUUGUAGAAGAUUUAGAACCCCUUCCAGCCGAGUCUGAACCUCCUGCACCGAAUACCGGCAGUGCGUUGAUGAGCAGAGAUCCGACUGGUGGGAAUGAUAGGAGUGAGAGUUUCAAAGCGCAUAGGGAUGUGUUCUUCUUCACUCUGCAGAGGGAGCUAGAAAAAAUAAAUACAUUCUACCUCGUUAAAGAACGUGAUUUACGAUUAAGACUCCUAACACUCUUAUCCAACCGAAAGAGAUUGCUUCAAAAUUCAUCGGGAAGCGGAACACCAGGUGAAGACAGUACGCUCGAUAACUCCACACGGAAGGACGCAGAGUGGAUAUCGUUGGAAGAAGGUUGGAGGUUGUUUGAAAGGGAUUUGGGUAAAUUACAAGGAUUUAUAGAAAUUAACGCAACUGGUUUUAGAAAGAUAUUGAAAAAAUGGGAUAAAAGAAGUAAGAGCAAUACGAAAGAAUUAUAUAUAGAAAGACAAGUGGAAGUUCAACCUUGUUUCAAUCGAGAAUUCAUAGCGAAAUUAUCAGAUAUAGUAACGGCAAAUUUACUAGAUAUCGAAAACGGUUCUGAACAUCUGUCAACAUCUUUCUUGGAGAUCGAACAUAAUCUACCUGAAUCAAUCGGAGCCGAUGGAUUGAAUCUAGGAAGCGGGAGGAAAGGGGAUUUCGGUGAGAUAGAUGUGUUAGAAUCAACGGGCAAUUCGUUGGCUUUGGACGCUUUGGUGGAUCUAGAUUCGAAUAUGCUCAAAGCUUUCUCUUCGGGUAAAGAUGCUAUUCUGGAUUGGUUGAGGAUUGCCAAAGCCAAACAGAAUCAAUAUCAAAGACAGGAUAAAUCGACAAGUACGAGAUUGAUGAGGAUACUGUGGAGAGCCGCUCAACACGUUCCUCAAGAAUACUUGGAUAUGGUACUGAAUGCCGUCACGCUAGAUUACAAUUAUAUCGAUAAUAUCAAUGGUCGGUCACCAGCUCAUCAAGCUGCCAUCAAUGGCUCUCUCACUCUGAUCGGACUUUGCGCUCAAAACAAUGUCGGUCUACUUGAGAAGCCAGAUGCGUACGAUAGAAGACCAAUACAUUACGCUUCAAUGCAUGGUCAUUCGGAAAUCGUCUCUUUCCUCUUAUCGCAAUCGGUCGAUCCAUCAGCAACGGAUAAAGAUGGAUAUACACCUUUGAUGCACGCCAUCACCCAGGGUCACCUCGAAGUCGUACGCAUAUUCGUUCAAGAUAAACUUACAUUAGAGCCUACGGCGAUAUCCAACGAUUUGAUACCAUUGUCUUUAGCAUGUCAGUAUGGACAUUUGGAAGUUGCUAGAUUGCUCUUGCAGUGUGGUGCAAAAGUCAUACCUAAUUCUGAAGGGUUAUAUCCUCAACAUUUCGCUGCUAAAGCAGGUCAUGAACAGAUAUGUCGAUUAUUGGUCGAAGAAGGUGGUCCGGAUGGUGGUGGGAAGGACAGACAGGAUAAAUGCAAUCUCUGGACACCUUUACAUCACGCUGCGAUCGGAGGUCAACCACAACACUUGGCGUGCAUCAAGGUCUUGGUGGAAGCUGGGUGCAAUGUCAAUGCGGCGGACGAAUAUGGCAAAUCACCGGGAUGGUAUUCUGCCUGGUUCGGUCAUGUGGAAUGUCUCAAUUAUCUGCUGGAUAGCGGAGCGAAAUUGAAUGGAAAUCAGAACACCCUACAGGGGAUGGAGAAUUUGGGGCUAGCUGCUGAUCCGCAAAUGGACAGUCUUUCUCCUGGUUCAGAUCUGAUGUUAGAUCCUCCAGCAGAUGAAUUCGAAUUGAUACCGUCAUUGUCCUUACCUCCUCCUAUAAUACCACUCCGAGUAUAUGGACAUGAAUUCCUUGCCAAUCGAUGUCUUAUUCAACUUUCUCUAGGUCACCCAUUCACCCGUCCGUCCUCAUCGUCCAAAGCACCUCCGAUCAAGCUAUACUCGCGGUCAGGUCAAGAUCCCCUUAAUCUGUGGUCAUCGCUUAAAUUGAUUAUGACUUCAAAAUCAGAUAUUUCGGCUGUCCCUCACUCAGUCAUAUUGCCUUUGGCAGAUGAACGUGAAGUGUUCUCAUUCCAGGUCCAAUCUUUAGAAACGUUCACAUUGGAGUUAUCAUUAUAUCCUACUUUCGGAUCCAAAGUGAUAGGGAGAGCGAUAGUCUUACCUGCGACUUUCAACGAUGUCACCUAUCACAAAGGGAUAGUCGCCCCCUUACUAGAUCACAAUCUGAAGACUAUAGGAGAAGUCGCAUUCGAAGUGUCUUGUAUAAAGCCUUUCCAAGGUGCUCAAUUGGAAAUUGGCGGUAGAGUAGAAACAUAUUGGAAAUCAAAGGUGACACCUUCCCAACCUACUCAAGAUCACGCACAUCAGUUCCAAUCACACAGGCCAUUAUCCGUAUCAACUUCUUCACCAUCCCUUCGACCUCCCGCUAUCACUUCUGCUCCAUCAAGUAAUACCAACCAUGAAUCGGCGUUGGUCACGGCAAGUUCACUCUCGGGAGAAUACGUUCAUGUGGUAGUACAAGUGACCAAAGAUGGUGUCCCAGUCAUAUAUCCAAAUAUCAAAUUACCAGUCGAUAAUCUGGAUAUAACAGUAUCGGACGUUACGCUAGAACAAUUCUUGCUUAUAGGUAAAUCUCAAAACCUAUUACUCGAUCCUUCUUCGUCGAGUUUGAGCUCGGUUGAAUGGUCAAGUAUAUUAUCCAAAACGAUGUCUACACUCGAUUCGAUACUUAACGUCCUUCCGUCUGAUAUCGGUUUGAACUUGCUAUUGCAAUAUCUGAGACCGAAGACAAUCCAGUUGAGGAAUUAUGGUAAAUCAAUAGAAAUCAAUAAAUGGGUGGAUACGAUUCUACAUUCGAUAUAUGAGAAUGGAAAAGCACAAUCUCAAUCGCAGCAGAAAGGAAGGAAAUUCAUCUUUAGUAGUUUCGAGCCGGAGGUGGCUACUGCUUUGAAUUGGAAACAACCUAAUUACGCUGUAUUCUUCGCUUCGAAUUGCGGUAUCUCAUCCUCUUCUUCAAGUACACCAUCAACCACGACUACAGAUCGAAAGAGGUUGAUACCUAUCUCUCAAGAGGAGGAAACGGAUCUGAGGUGUUUGAGCGUGAGAGAAGCCGUCAACUUUGCCAAGUCGACGAAUCUUUUGGGUGUGAUAUUGGAAGCUACCACUUUGGCCGCCGUCCCUUCCCUCGUAGCAUCCGUCAAGGACGCUGGAUUGUUAUUAGCCACCUUUGGUGAUACUCAGGAUAUAACGUCGUUAAGGCAGGGUGCUUCGGACGGUAGAACGAUAGAUGCGUUUGUGAUCGAUGGGUGA